AUGGAGCAAGACGGUCUCGUUUCUUCUUCUAAUCAGCCGGUGCUUCAGAGCUCAUCAGAAAUCGACGGCCGCUUAGCACAGAGUUCUAAGAACACCGAUAAUAUUAUCGACGACAAGGAUGGGUGGGAAGAUGUGAUUGGCAACUCGGAUAUGCAAAGAAAAAUAUUAAAGAAGGGUGAUCAAUUACAUGCUCCCUCUCACGGUGAUCGGGCGAUCGUAAAUGUUGUCGGUCGACUUGAAAGCAGCGGUGAAGUGGUGGAACAACAUAAAAACUUCACAGUGGUCCUAGGCUUCUACGACGUUGUACAAGCGCUGGAUAUGUGCAUAGCGUUAAUGACUGUCGGUGAGAAAGACCUCAUUCGUACUUCAUUUCGUUUCGCUUACGGACAUUCUGGAAAGCCUCCCGACAUUCCCCCAUAUGCAUCUCUGGUGUACGAGGUCGAAUUGCUUGGCGUCGAGGAAGGCCCAAAUCUGCAGCUAAUGAACGGAGAAGAACUGCUAACGUUUGCGACCGAGAGAAAACAAAAGGCGAAUUACUUCUAUACGACACUUAAGAACUAUGAGGCUGCUACAGAGAUAUACGAGAAAGCCCUUGAAGCGUUUUCACAUUACCUCGUUGUGGAUUCGAGGAGCCAGACUUUAAAGGCGCAGAUUUUCAACGAUUUGGCCGCGGCCCAGAUCAAGAUGCAGUCAUGGUCGAAAGCAGUCGACUUCGCAGAUUCUUGCCUUCAAAUCGAGCCGACGAACAUAAAGGCUCUGUACCGGAUGAGUGUAGCGUAUGCGUCGAUGUUCCACGAAGAAAAGGCAUUGCAGUGUUUGAAACGAGCUGCUCGAAUCGCCCCUGAAAAUAAGGCAAUUGCCAAAUUUUUCUUCGCUACCGCAUCCAUUGUUGUGCUGCUGUAUCCAAUCAGCGACCAAGUUCUGAUCACCGACUUUUCGCAGCCUACCUCAGCCUGCACGACCUUCUUAGCCGGAGCGACGUCCGAGGUGGUCUGA